AUGAGCGUGGCCUCCAGCUCCCCUGAAAUGCACGCAGGGUGGACAAGGCUGAAGGCUACCAGCACCUUCCAUGUAGGGCUGAGGAGGCGAGGGCUGAGGAGGCGAGGGCUGAGCCGUUCCCCGGUCUCUGUUAUUCCUGGCAGGGAUUUCCAGGCAGCUGGGACAACAAACGGUAAGACCAGCCUUCAGGAAUCCCAGGCCCCUGAGAGCAGUGGGAAAGUCUGGAGCAAGGAAGAUAUACCCUUGGUGGAUGAAGAUCAGGAUGGUGUAGGUGGUAAUUUGCAGUGGUACAAAGUGCUGAAGGAGAGAGAUAAUCAGCUGGCUAUCCAUUGCAAUCUGAAUCCAAAUGGUAUUGAUCACCCUGUCUCCACAGAAGGUAUUAAUCUGCAACUUGAAGGUGAGGGAGUUGAAUCGCCCUCUGUUAAGAACACUAGUACUCCAAAAGGGCCUGAGUCAAAAGAGACACCCAAGAGACAACAAGUGGAGCCAGAAAUAUCUAAGUCUGGGACUGUGAAGCUGACCAAGCCUGUGGCAUUAUGGACCCAGCAGGAUGUCUGCAAAUGGCUGAAGAAGCAUUGCCCUAAUCAGUAUCAAAUCUACAGUGAGUCAUUCAAACAGCAUGACAUAACUGGCCGUGCUUUGCUGAGACUUACUGACAAAAAGCUUGAACGAAUGGGCAUUGCCCAGGAAAGCCUGCGACAGCACAUUCUGCAGCAAGUCCUUCAGCUGAAGGUGAGAGAAGAAGUCCGAAACCUCCAGCUGCUUACACAAGCCCCAGCAGAGAGCUCUCCGUAAACAUUUCCAGCCUCUAAAGCUGCUGUCCUGCCACUUGAUUCGAAAGUGAACUUUCCUUCAUGAAAAAGCCACAAUAAAUGGCACUGCCAGAAGGUGACCAUGGAGGACUGAAGGCAAACUUGAAGUAAAAUCAAGUCCAAUCAAGAUGAUCCAUUCUGGGAAGACCUGGUUUGCUGUGGAGUAAAAAUGUGGUGCAGAAUAUCCAGUGCUAAUUUGUUGAAAAUGGUCAUUGACAGACCUUUACCUGGAGAAUUUCUUCCAGUUUUCAUCACUGUGCAUAACUUUUGAGUUCCCUUUAGGGGACUGUCUAUGCCCUUCACUAGAAGUCCUGUUUUAGCAUGGCAACUACUGGAUUCUUUUAUUAUGUAUGCAGAUGGCAUGAUGUUUUAGGAAAAACUUAUGGCAAUUCUCCAAUCUCAGUGGAUAUGUUCACAAUAUUACGCCCUGAUAGGAAUGUAAAUGUCUUGUAUAUGUUAGUUUUGCAGUCUAAUGGUAUUCUGUUAAACAAUAUCAGCACUUCAUAUGUGCUUUCUGCACAGAACUAGCACAGUCCAUAUAUAUAUAUUGAUCUUUUUUUAAAAUACUGAGGAUACUUUUCAGCAUUUGUGCUGAGGCUGCAUCCAAACUGAAGUCCACUACUAGCAUACCUUCACCGAUUCACCGUAGAUUGUGUAGAUAGAUUUGCACGUGGCAGAGGUAUGACUUCUUUCAUUGAGACUUACAGAACAGCUGCCACAGAGGUAGCCAAGAACAGGGUAGGCUGAAUGAGCUGUAGGACACUGUGUCUGCUCUCCCUCUCAUCCGCCAAAUAUCAUGGGUUCUCGUUUCUAGUGUGCCAAUGUGUUUUCUUCCUUGUCGAGGGAGAGGGAAGGAAGAGAGCCUUUCUCAGAGAUGUGCAUGGCCCUGAGUUUGGUCUGUGAUAAAACUAAAAUAAGCUGGAA